AUGAGCUCUCGAAUUCCAUAAUUUUUCUAGAGGAAUAAGACCCUCACUUGCAAGCAUAUUGGAAUCAGAGAUAUCAAGGACUAAUCUAGCAAUAACAUGAAAUUCAUUAAAUUGCUAGACAAUAUUAAGGAGAUCACUUCAAUGACAUUGUCACCCAACAAGAGAUUUUUAGCUGUCUGUGAAAAGCACAAAAAUGAUCAAAAUGCUUAUGUUUCAUUCUAUGAUAUGAAGUCUGGAUUCAAAUAAAUCAAGCAAUCUAUUAAUAUAACUGAAUUGGUCACGCCUUUCACUUCAAAUAAUUACAACUCAUCUGUUAUUAAGGAUCAAUCUCAUAUCAUGACCUCCUAGAUUUAAUCUCCAUAAAUGUAACAGCAGCAGCAAUAAUAAUCUUAAUAUAGUCAUUCAUCAUAGAAAACUAUUGUUUCAAUGAGCUUUUCAAAUGAUUCCAAGUAUGCAGCAUUUAUAAUAUCUGAUGGAACUGAUAGCAAGGCUGUAGCAUAUGACUGGUUCCACAAAUCAAAAGUCUUUGGCCAAUAUGAUUUCCCUAAAUAAUUGAUCAAAAAAAUUACAUUCAAUCCUAAAGACAAUCACUAAGUCUGCACAAGUGGUAACAAUCACUGGAAACUGUGGAGAGUUUAAGAGUUAACAUUUAAGCCGAUGCAGUAAUUUUCAAAGGUCCCCUAAAAUCAUUUAUUCACUGAUCAUGCUUGGCUGGAAGAUGAUAAAUUAGUGGGAUGCACUGCUGAAGGUGAACUUUACUUCCUCGAUAACUUUGAACUAAAGUAAUUUGUAGAAAAUGCCUUUAAUACUGAUGAGAACUUAAUGCAUGUUUCUUCCCUAAGACCUUUUUCAAAAGGUUUCUUUAUUGCUUCUGAUAAUGGCUAUAUGGCUAUGUGGGUUAGAUCUGAAGAAAAUAACUCUACUUCAGGUAAAUAGCCUUAUGAUUUUAUCAGAAAGUGGUGCCCUCCUUCUACUAAGGGUGUUAAAAUUUUGGGCAUGACAGUAAGUCCAGGAGAAGAAACCUUAGCAGUGGCUUGUAAAAACAAUAAUAUUGGCUUAGUAUCCAUAAAGUCUAUUGGAUUAAAUGAGAACCUUAAUAAUGAGAUAAAAUUCGAUCUUGUUUGUAGAGGCUUCCAUUCAGGCUCUAUUAACUCAAUCGAUAUUGCAAUCCAAAGACCAAUCAUAGUUACCUGUUCAAGAGAAGAUUCAACUAUAAGACUAUGGAAUUACUUUACUCAUUCAUGUGAAUUAGCUAGAGAAUAUUAUGUUCUUGAAGAUAUGGCAAUAAGAGAAGCAGCUAAACCCUUAAUAUCUGUAGCGAUGCACCCUAGUGGCUAUUAUAUGGCAGCCUCAUUCAUAGAUAAGAUUCGAAUGUAUCAUAUUUUGCAUGAUGAACUAAGACAUUAUAAAAACAUUGAGAUUAAAAAUUGUUAGAAAAUGAAGUUCAGUACUGGAGGACAUUUAUUCUUCGCAGUUGCGAAUAAAACAAUUUAAAUUUUCAACAGUUAUACUCUCAUAAGGAUCACAAGUGUUGGAACUUACCCUCUUGGAGUUUCAGAUAUUGUAAUGGGAGAUAAGGAUCAAUCUUUUGCUGUUGUAUCACCUGAUGGAUAAAUUGGUAGAUACAAGACACUUCCUAAAUUUGAAGUAAUCAAAGAAGGGCUCGAUAAAUCGAUGGAAUUUAAAUCACUAGAUUUUAUACAACCUUCGAGUGAUAAUCACACUCUAGUAGUAACAGGAUCUGAUGGAUAUAAAUCUAAUCUUAGAAUAGUUAAUAAUAAGGAUUAAAUUCAAGGUAAUUUCUAUAUUGAUGACGGCAAGUUCACCCAAGUUUCAUAUAUUAAAACUAACAAAAACAAAAUAAGUGGAUUCGUUUCUGGAACUGAUAAAGGAAACUUGUUUAUUUUCUCAAAUUAAUUAGACAAAAUAAUUGACUAGAUUAGUGUUCACAAUGGAGAGGUGACCAGAGUGAUAAUAUCUCCAGAUAAUAGGUUUUUAUUUUCUACUGGCUCAGAUGGGACUUUAUUCAUCUUUUAGAUUGGUGAGCAAGCUAUUAUUCCAGAAAACAUAGGCAAAAAUCAAGUUUAAAAUAUGCUUACUGAGGAUGAUAAAAUUGAUGAUAUGAUUAAUAGUAUUGUUGAUGAUGCCCUAGCUGAUAUAGUCUUAGUAAAGAAAAAUGAAAUGGAGGAAUGGCAAAGAAAGUAGGAUUAGCUAAAGCACGAUUUGGCAGUUAACAAAAAGAAAGUUGAGUAGAAGUUGCUUGAAUCUAAGAGAAAAUACGAAAAGUAAUACGAGGAGAUAGAAAGACAAAAAGAUCUAGAUAUCUAGGAUCUCGAAAAAAGAUAUGAGGAUUUAAAAAGAUAAAAAGACAUGCAGGAUAGAUAAAAUUUUGAAGCAAUGAAAAAGAUGGAGAUGAAUCACCUGAAUGCUGUUGAAGAUCUUCAAACAGUAUAUGAAAAGAAGCUUUAUAUUGAAAACAGCAACUAUCUUAAACUUGAAUAGGAAAGACUUGAAAUGAUAAAAUACUAUGAGGGGAAAAUUGCAGAACUAUCCAAGUAAAAUUAAGAUGCUAUCGACAAAUUAUUGAAAGAGUUCAAGCUAAAUCUAUUGAAGGUUUAAGAUGAAUACUAAGAUAGUAAAAAAACAGCUAAGAACCUCUAAGAUAUUUAUGAGAAGAAACUUGACUAAUAAGAAAAUGAGCAUGAAGAUGAAAUAUUUGAGAUUAAGGAAAAACACAAGAAAGAUAAGUAACAGCUAGAGUCAGAUUGGGCUGAACUCUAGACAAUUUAAAAGGAACUAAAGACAAAUAAGAAGAUGUUAGAAAAUGAAAGAGAGGCAGCUGAAAAUCUCAUGGUUAAUGCAAAAAAGAAAAAGAAGGAAACAAAACUCAAGUUAGAGGAGAAAAUAAAGCAAAUUAAGAUGCUAGAAUAAGAAAGAUAAGAAGUAUUAGACAAACUUAAAAAGAGAGAAACUGAUCUUUACAAGUACAAAUUCAAGAUUAAGGAUCUUUAGAAAUCUAAGCAUGUACUUACUCAUAGAACGACAGAAAUGAGAGCUAGUCUCGAGCCAAAGGAACAACAAAUUGAAAAUCUAAAAGAUCAACUUCUAAAUCUUGAGAAAGUAUUCGAGAAGUAGAUGUAAAAGAUGAAUUAAUUAGGAGAGGAGUUGUCUAAGAAGCAAUCCAAGAUUAAUUAGUUGAAUGCUGAUUUAAGUGGAUAGAAAGAGUCUACUUCAGAAAAGGAGAAAACUAUUUUAAAAUUCGCAUAAGAUGUUCAUAAGAUUGUCUAGACUAAAGAUGAGAAAUCAUAUGUUACAGGUGUUAUGAAGUUGAAUUAAGAUUAUGUGAUGAGUCAAGCUGCUUAUUAAGAUUUAGGCAAGAAAAAGGAUCCAGAGGCUCUUGAAGAACUAGAUAGAUAGCUUCGAUAUAUGGAGAGAUCAAUUGCAACUCUGAAGGUAAAUACAAUUAAGAAUGAGACGAGGACUAAGAAUGACAUUAAGAAGAGAACCAAAGAAAAUACUUAACUGUUAGUUGAGUUGAAUUCAAUUAAGUUUGAAGAGAAAAAGCUAAAGACUGAAAUACUUAAGAAGAAUAAGGUUAUUGAGGAACUUGAAAAGGGUUUACAGAACAUGAAAAAGUAGCAUGAUGACUAAUAACAAUCAUAGAUGGAUUAAACUAAGAAUAUAGAUGAAAUGGAUGAUGAUGGAGCAUAGAGAACUGGUUCUGCUGCUAGAAAUGCUAGAGAUAAUUCCAUGAUAUCAAGAACUGGAGGAUAAAUGGGCAAGGGUGUAACACCAUUUAUGAAGAAAAAGGAAAAUCUAGAAGAUAAAGCACGAAUAAUGGAUCUUCAGAUAACUAAAGGACCAAAUAAUCAGACUCUUGGAAGAAAAAGGUGCAGUGCUUAACCAUCAACACCUAAUCCAAUCUAAUCAUUCUAGUGGGUAUUUGCCCUAAUUGGCAGCUAGAGACAAUAACCAUUGAAAAUCAUGAUGGAUCUUAUGGCUUCAAGUUAUAAAUUGAUUUUUUAAUAACUAGUUAAAACUUUAUGA